AUGAGUGGAACGCUUCACACGCGAGUGCAAGUGUCUGCCACUCACAGUAACUAUCUUAUGGUGAUUGAAAAUUCAGUGGAAGUUGCACAGUUCCUCAAUAAUCAACCCACAUUUUUAAACCUUGCGGAGCCCUUCUGGCAAGAGCUUUCUAGACUGCCCUCCUUCUAUGAAUAUAAUGCAUAUCAUCGACUCAUUGAACUUUAUGGAACACAUUUCCUGCAUUCUGGAUCUUUGGGAGGAUAUUACAAAGCCAUUUUUCAUGUCUCUAAAAAUAAAGCUAACUCAAGAGGGUACAGACUAACGGAUAUGGAUAAAUGCACUACUUCUGGGUUCUAUGCAGUGAUUGCAAAGAAGAAGAAAGUGGAAUGUGAAACUCUCAAUGAACUGGUGAAGCAAUCUUCAGGAGUCCACAACAAUCAGAUUAAAGCUGACCCAUAUGUAGAAGGAGGGGAUCCCAAAACUGUGGCUGGUUUAAGUUUCAUAGACGUUAACAAUCCAGUUGCAAAUACCCAACGAUAUUCCAGCUGGGCUCAUACGGUGUCUCUUUAUCCAGAGUUAUUAAAAAAAAGGCCUACCAUAUUGGCCUACCAUAUUGACUCAACUUUCAGUGACCAUCCUGAUCACUGCAAGAUGGCAGCAGAAAACUAG